AGUAGUUUAUAUACUCCAAUGAAUACUUGGGACACAAACAACGUGACGCUAUCCGGACCAGGCCUGCCCUACCCUGACCCUUCAUCAGCACAGCAGUACCACCCACCUCGUCGUCAACAACAGCAUGGUCAUGGUCAUCGUGAUGGUCAGAAGGGAGGAUCAGCAGCAGGAGGAGGAGGAGGAGGGGGGAAUAAACAUUAUCAUCAGCAUCCAAGGACUACCUCAGCAAAUGCUAUGGCUCUCACGCCGACCUCGUCGAGCAAUGGUGCGGCUCGAGGAGAUCUUACAGUCGCUCCAGGAGUUCGUAAGCAGUUUCUGCGAACUAAGCUAUGUAAACACUUUCUCCGCGGUUGUUGUCUAUACGGAGAUAAAUGUACAUACGCGCACGACUAUAGCCAAAUUCAGGUCAGGCCUGACCUUCGUAAAACGAAGAUGUGUCAGGCUAAUCUGGAGGGGAGGUGUCCAUACAGGGCUGAGGAGUGUCAAUUUGCUCAUUCUACUGAGGACCUCAAAGCCACUCCUGGACUAUUCAAAACUGUUCUGUGUAGUUGGUGGCAGAAAGGUAAAUGCGACAUGGGCGAUAAGUGUCGGUUUGCUCAUGGUGAACAGGAGUUGCAGCGUCCGAGUGCACCCUCGGGCCCGGAGAAUAUCUCAAUAACACCUGGCAGUACACCUCUGCAAAACCCUAUGGGAGAGGAUGAGGAAGUGUCUUCUGUUGAGUCCGGCGAGGCUCCUCGCUCGACUACCCCUCCAGGGUUACAUCGACUUGAUAAUCUACCUCCGGUAUCCCACAUUCCUACACCACCCCAGAUGCAGCAGCGACCAAGUCCUCAACAGCAACAGCAGCAGCAAAGUGGUAUGCCUAAUGGGGCGUAUCCUGACAUGAGACCAGCUGUUCCUAAUGUCUUCGCUCCGCCUCCGGAAAUCGCCGUUAGUCCGGCCGAGGUGUUGAAGUAUCAGCAGAAUCAGUUCGCGUCAGUCCUGUCCGGUUCGUUGGCAGCAGCAGCCCAAGCAGCUGCAAUGCAGCAGAGGCCUACACAGGACCCUACGGCUUACGCUGCACAGCAACAACAACAAUGGGCUAUUGCGGCGGCUGCGGCUACUGCUGCUACUGCUGCGGUUGCUUCUAUUGCUGGAGGAUUUGAGCCAACACCGGCCCAGCUGCAGAACCUGAGUUUGAUAGCCGCUCGGUCGCUACACCAACAGGCGGCGAUGCAACAGAUGUAG